CUCAAUAUACACCCUCUGUGUUGUAUUCCAUUUCUUAUUGUAUAAUCAAAUUCGCCGAUUUGAAUUGAUACAAGAUCAAGAUGUUUAGGUUAAGAAUAGCUCACACGCAAUUUAAGUUCGGUUUUCAAAUUUAUAGAAAUUAUUUAUCAAAUGAAUACAAAAGUGCUUUAAGUUAUUUCGAUAUACAUUCUUCGCACGUCAACAAUGUUCGAUCCAAAGGGCUAGCUGCGCAAGGCAUCAUACAGAUUGACAUAGUCGAUGGCAUUGCCCACGAUGAAAAUAGAAACAACGAAUUCAGUGAAUCAUUACUGAAGUUGCGUUCAGAGCCACAAAAAUCAGCUACAUUCGAGGCCACUAAUUAUGCUAUAUUCAGGAAUUUUAUUGAUCAUGAAAACAUAGAUGAGUUACUACCUCUCUUGAAGAACCGCCUGGAAAGUGGCCUAUUCAUAGACAACUUCCUCGGUUGCUAUCUUCUAAACCAUUUUCUACAAAAACAGAAUUAUUUGGCUGCUACGGAAAUUGGUUUGGAAUUUUUCAAACAGGAAACUUUGGAAAAUAAACUAGUUGUGGGGUUGAUUUUGAAAUCAUUUUUGGAAUAUUUGAAGCAAAACAUUGAGCAAAUCAAUGCACCAGUGGCUACAGAAACAAAAAAACCAACAAAAAAGUCGGAUGAGAUUAAAGUACGUGUAAAAUUUAUUCGAAAUACCGAGGACAAUACAACUUUUGCUGGUCAGAUUGGAAGAGCUAUCUGUAGAAUAGCAGAAUUGAACUCGAAUGAUGUUACUGCAAACUUCAAAUUAUUAGGAACUUUAUUAGUUAAUAAAAAAGAUUUGGCUCUAUCACUUCUGGAUGGGAAGAAUAUCAACUUUUGUAAGGACACAUUACAAUACAGCCAAACCUUGUUAAAAAACAUGGGUGAAGUUGAUGAGAAGAUAACAAACGCAAUAAAUUCGAGUUUGGAACAAACAGCAGACUCACCCACGUUAGAUGUCCUACUGUCUGCCUUUUUAGAAGCGGCUAGAAAGGAAGAAGAAGGCAAACUAAUUGAAGAACAAAAAAAGAAGUAUACGUUCUGGAAAGAGCAAGAUGUUGUAGAAAGGGAAAAGAAUGUAAAUACUGAGCCUCCUAAUCAACGUAAAGAACGUAUUGAGCAAAUAUUAGCCGACGUGGCCCAGAAGAAGCAAAAACUUUGGUAUUUUGAAAACGAAGAACUAGUCGAUCUUGAAAUAUUCAAGAAGAAUAAAACUUAUCCCAAGAAAUGGUUCGGAAAGAAGAAAAAACCUAGAGUGGUCGAUGAAAAUUACGUUCCUCCUGAAAUAAACAGGAAAAGUGUAUAAAGCAAAUGCUACUUUAAUAUCACUAUUCAAAUUUAAGUUUCCGAUAAAUUAAUAUAUAAUAAAAGAAUUCUACUUUUCUUGAUAUAACCUUAUAUUGGAAUAUAAAAAUAUAGAACGUUUUUAUCCAUCGCUAAGCCAAAACAUCUGAUACAAUAAAGGAAUAUGUAUAAAGGAAAUCGUGAA